AAAAAAAAUCUUCAAGUUUCUCUAUUUGAAAUUUUUUGUGUUGCUAGUAUUCAUUUAUCAUUUUAGAUCUUAGGGAUACUUAAUCAUUAUCAUACAUUUUCAAUUUAUUCUUAUUUUCUGGAACUGCGAUCCAAUUUAAACUCGGAAGAAUUAUAUGGGGCGGAUGUAGGAUGUUUUUACUUGGACUUUAAUCUGGCCUAAUUAAACUAGACCAGAUCAAUCCAGACCACGCUUGGAUAGUUAUAAAAAUACAAAGAAUCCAGACUAGACUAGUUCAGACCAGAUCAAAUCAGAUCAAAUCAGCAAAUUACAAUCCAAGUAAAAAUACGAUUUUGUAUCAAGUACUAUUUUAUUAUUAUUUUUUUUUUUGAAAAAAGAUUAAUUAUCAUUAAUAUUAUCAAUGUUCAGUACAUGAGUAAUGAAAGAAGGGGGAUAAUCAUUCCAAGAAGUGCAAUCAGACAAAGAGCAAGUGACUUGAGCCAGCUCGUGAGCCGCCUUGUUUGCUGAUCGCCGAACAUGAGAAAAAGUAAUUUCCGUAAAACUCGACUUCAACUCCCUAAUAUCCUCCGCAAUGACUCCCACCAAAGACUCGCUUGACCCGUAAAGAACUUCUGAGAUUGCCUUAGAAGCAUCUGAUUCAACAUCAAUGAAAUCCCAGCCUCUUUCCUUCACCCAACUAAGAGCUUCUCUAAUCCCGACCAACUCCGCUUCCAACGGUGCUAACUGGCCACCUCAGAACUUCGAAACUCCGGCCACAAAUUCUCCGAGCUCGUCAGUCGUCCCGAACCAGCUAGCCCAAACCACUACGACUCCCCUUGACUGCCGCAUCAAUAUUCAGCUUUAACCUCCCUGGCGCAGGUCUUUUCCAAACCGAAGGAGGGGCUGGAGCAUGUCUGCUCUUCCCACCAUCCACCUGCUGCACCAAAGCCCAGUUUGUAACAUAACCUGUGACUUUACCAAAAUCAGUUUAGCAUCAGUUUACCAAAAUCAGUUUAGCAUCAGUACUAUUUUAUUAUUAUUAUUUUAUAAAUAAAUAAAACUAUUCCAUCAAAAAUAUUAGAGACGUUGUAAUUAAAUGAUUUUACUUUUAAUUUAAGUCGUUGUAAACAACUUGGAGGAGGACCGAUGAAGAAUAAUACUUGAACCCAAAGCAAAGAGUCCAUCCGAAGAAAAUCAGUUGGGAGAUUCCAAAUCCUAGUGUAAUAAAUUAUAUAACCAACUAGUUUCCCAAUCCUAGUGUAAUGACUAGUUUCUAAUAAUUAAUUGUGCUUUGGAUUUUGGAAACUAAAAUAUUUGGAGAAUAAGUCGGACUAGAAAAAAACCCUAUGCAAGGAUUCUCAUUUCCAAAACCUAUAUAUAUUUCAUUGCCAUUUCUCCAUCUCCUCACAUCAAUUCUCCGCAGUCACAAAUAGAAGAGUAGAGAAGUGAUUAGUUGAAGUUGAUAUUGUCGCCGCUUAAUUCAAUCAUUGAUCGUCGAUCAUGGUGGGGAAGAUGAUAUUGUCGCCGCUUCCAGGCGGAGGGUACGCUCAGCUGCGGGAGGGGUAUUCCAGUUUGGACGUCCUCGCCGCCGUCUGUGGGGCUGUUUUGGAGAAAAACACAAACAGUAAUAAUUCAUCUUCUUCUUCUUCCUCCUUUCCUAAAUCAGUAUUUAUCCCGAGGAGGAAGAGGAGCCGUCCUAAUAGAAGUACUACAAGUCAUGAGGUUUUUAUGGCGGCAGAUUCCGUCUUGAAAUGUGGCGUCUCCGGCUUCAAAAGAGUGUCAAUUGGAGGAGGACCGGCCGGCAACCGGAAGAAAAGGGCGGCCAAGAAAAUGAAGAAGCGGGUCAUCGGCGACGAAAACCAGCAACCGGCUGCAGCUGAGGCAGGGCCCAUGCCGGAGAGAUUCAGGGGCGGGAUCCGUCAACUGGCGGGGCCAGGCGCGGAGAUAGCGGAGGAGAUGCUGCUGAUUGAAAAGGAGAUAACGGCGACCGAUUUGAACCGCAACGAAGGCCGGCUGGCCCUCCCUUUGAAACAAUUGAGACGGACGGAUUUCUUGACGGCGGAAGAGGAGGAGCGGCUGGCCACGCGCCAGAACAAUGGCAAGAAUGUGGGCUCACUCGACGUGGCGCUCAUCGCGGCCGUCAAUGGCGAAAUCAUAAUAAAGCCGGAACUUCACCUUCGGAGAUGGGGGAUCGGGAAAAGCAGCAUGUCAUUAAUGGUGACCCACAAGUGGAACGAAAUUAAGGGCAGCCUUGGACUCGCCGUAGGUACAAAGGUCCAAAUAUGGUUCGUCCGAGUUGACGGCGAACUAUGGUUAUCGCUUGUUGUCUUGUAGAUAUCAUCCAUGCCUACAUAUCCGGGUUUGGCCCGACCCGGCCCGGCCAGUGCCCUAAUCACUUAAUUAGUUAGUAAUUACAACUUAACACGGUCUCUAUCUGCGGCAUUGGCUUAUUGCGGGCCUUUGGGCAUGACAGAAAUGCUACUACGUAUAACAUUUAUUAUGUAUUUUAUUACGAGGUUCAAUAAAAUUAUUGUUGAUUGAUUUUUUUCAUAUAAUGAUAUCUUUUGAUCGAUAUGAUAACUCUUUCCGUUCAUGCUUCUAUAUAUGUGUAUAUAUACAUGUAUUCUUUAGUUGUUAUUGUACUGUUCCUUGUAUUAUCUGUGCUUGAGAAAUUCAUAUUGGUGCGUAGUUAACUAAUUACAGUACAAAAUUGUUACUUUUUAAUACUACUGUAGUACUCCGUAUAUGUUUUGAUCAUUCUUUUCUGCCGAUGCUCUUCUCGUUUUGUAUUAUUGUACGUUCCUUAUACAGGGUAUAUGUUAUGUACUUGUGUUUGUGUUUGUGAAACUGAAAUUGGUAUUCCACUAG